AUGGCAUUUACAGAGCUUUCCUAUUUCUUACAACGACAGAGUGUCUUUAGCUUCCCCCGAGGAUGGCAUUAGCAACCGUCGUUCCGGGGGAAGCACGCCUUCUUAAAGACGAAAGUACGCCUUACGUGGUGUGGUUAUGGCGACGAUUAUUCACGUCGCUCUAUCUGGACUGGCGGUAUCUAUUUCUCCAGUCCAUCCUAGUGAACUUGGUUCGGGCACUGGCUCCACAGCGAACAGACGCACUAAACAGCUAUUUUGUCAGUAAUGACAGGGCUUCGGUCAGCACUUUUCGUGCAAGCAUGUGGGUCAUCCGGGACAUUUUACUCCAAGUACAGAUGUUCAUCGUGCUGGCGCUGGUAUGCAUUCGCUGGGCCGCAUCGCAAACAGCAUACGUCAAGAACAGAACUAAGGUUAUUGCUAGCGGUGGCGAGGACACCUUGGCCUCCUUCUUAUUCAGCAUGUCGUGCAGCUCCUUGUUCUUCGCGGGAGCUGCAGUCCUAGGCCUCGUUAUCUUCGAACCACUCCUACUCUUCGUGGACUUCAAACGGCACGGGGAUAACUUCCUAUCUUUCUUUGCCACCAAGCAAGCCGACCAAUGGGACAUCGUCUUGGUUUCCUUGCAUUUCUUCAUGGCGUUGGGGUCGACGGCAGAGCAUCUCAGCCGAUGCGAAAUCAUCGCCGAGGACGUGUUAUACCGCACCGACAUCGGCAGGAAUAUCACCAUGUAUUUCCGUCUCAAACGUCAGCUGUCAGUUGCCGCGACCUUCACCUGGGUGGCCUUCUUCUUCGUCCGCAAAAGCAGCUUCAGUAUCCGUUUGGCUCUACGGGUGGUAGCGGCUGUUUUUGUCUUGGCGCUAGCUUGCCUCCAUGCGCUAGCAUCGUACUACGGCUUGCGUCAUCUCAUCCGUACAGUCGACGCCCUGGAUGCAGACCUCCGCAUAGACUACACGAGGCACGGCUGGGUCCCUGGCUUCCUGCUUAAGUGGACACCCCGUCGUAAAACUGAACGCCGUACAACGUACCGCAAUCUGCUUAGGGUGGCCAGGCAGUUCUUCCCAAUCUUCCUGUGGCAUGUGUCCGGCCGCACGGUUUCCGCCCAGAUUGCCAUGUUCAUAUCCCUGUGCAACUGGUUGCCGCUUGUGCCUGCCGUACAAGUGGAGCUAUACUCCUGCAUUGCAGUUCUCACGGCGAUCUGCCUCUUCCUAUUCCGGCUGACGAUGUACAUGAACCCCGCAUGCGUGAACACCUCCGGAAAUGAGAUACCCACCCUGCACGUGGGCUUCGGCAUGUUGGUGAUUAAGAGCCAGCUGCUGUCCUGCGGUCCCAACAACCCAGACUUCCGACUUAAGAUGGUCCCUGCAAGCAUCGAACGGCUGUUUGAGGCGGUCACCAUCAGCUACAGAUGGGAGCCCACCACCUCCUUCCCGGUCCACGUGUGGAACCGAGAUGCCCCCAUGACCGUCCAAUUCCGGCUGGACAUCCUGCAACGAGCGUUCAACCUGCUACAAGCCAGGGGAAUCGACCUGGGCUGGAGCACCCUCGUCUGGUUCGACCAGGCGUCCAUCGACCAAGAAAGCGAGCAGUUCAAGUCCCUGCUGGUUCCCCGCAUGACCGCCUGCUACGCGCUCUCCGCCAUGACGCUGGUGCUGGACAACACGGACACCUACCCCUACGGACACCAGGACAACUACUACAGCCGGAUCUGGACCUUCCAGGAGUACUGCCUGCCCCCCUGCAUCUCCGUGGUGUCCAGCUCACCGCUCCUGACACCCGCGGCGGUGGAGGCCAACCGACGACACAUCCAGAACCGCUACUGGAGCAGCAGCAGCGGUGGCAACAACAACAACAACAGCAGUGGCCACAAACCUGGCAAGGGAACGGCGGUGGCGGCGGCGGAGGGUUACCCCAACGGGGAAAAGCAGUUCUUCUUGGUCGUAGGUCUGGACACCACAGACACCAUUGACAAGUGGCUUCACGCCAAUCCCGAACUCAUUUCCGAGUACCUAGCCACCAUUGACUCCCGGGUGGGCUUCAAGAGCUCCGAUCGCUUCGCAGCCAUCAUGCAAGUCAUCGCCGGCGUCAUCUGCUUCACGCCAGCUGCCGUACUGCAGCUGAAACGUGCCGUACUUUCCACCAUGGCACACAAACAGAGCUCCCUGCGCGGCUGCACCAUCAUUGACAACAUGUCGUCAGCUGCAGCCUCCUCCGCCGUGGCUGGCGGGUGGCUGUCAACAGCACCAGCAUCCGCAGCGGCAGCAGGGCCACCUAGCCACUUGGUGGGUACGGCGGAUGUGGAGAGAAUCCUGGCGGGAAAGCCCUGCCCGGGUGACCAUGGCGGCAGGGCGUGCCUCACGUUCUCAGAGAUUGACGCGGUCCAAGAAGCCACAUCAAGACCGGCAUCAGCAUCAGCAGCACCACCAACAGCAGCCGCAGGAACUGUAACUGUUGGAGAGGGGGUAGCAGCGGGCAGGGGAACCGGCCUGCUGGAGAUCCUGGGCAGCUUUGUGCCGUACGGCAACCACGACCUCCCAGCCAUUGAGGUGAAGGCGCUGGUGGACCCCUCCACUCGCAUCCUGAGGCAGCUGCUGGUCUGGCCGCACAGCCGCGGCGGUGGUGGUGGGGGUGGCGGGGAUGGGUGCAGCCACCAACACCACCUGCAGCGUGUUUGCGAUGGUGCCUCUCAACAGCAGCAGGGGCAGCAACAGAGGGGCGUGUCUGGUAUAGGCGGCAGCAGCGGCAGCGGCCGGCAGGGGCAGGGGCAGCAGCAGCCCGGCGAGAGCGCGGAGGGGGACCCGGUGGGUCGGUUGCGGUUGAGAGGCGGCCUGCUGCAGAUGAUCCCGGUGGAGAUGGAGGACAAGCAGGAGUGGGCGAUUGUGCUGGAAUGAGUGGCUUCGUGGCCUCGCACUGUCCUUUGAGGGCGGAGGGCUGGCGGGUUGGUUUUCGUGUUGUUGAUACCGGUACUGUGAGAAGGGUUGAGUUGGUGAGUGUUGGUGGACGGCACAGGUGGACGAAAUGUUGAGCUGGGGUAGCGGACUGCUGCGUGCCGCUUUCAGUGAUCCGCCGAUGCUGAUGGUGCUUGUCCAGUUAUUGAGCGGGUUCCGAGGUGUGAUCACAUGCAUGCAUGUGUAUGGGCAAUGUGCGUAGAAAUGUGGGGAUCUGUGACCGCCGAUUGGGUUUGGUCCGCAGCUCCAGCAGACACGCAAGCCACGGCAAGUCAUGGAGAUAGGGCAGUAGAGAUUGUUAAACGGUUAUCUAAUAACUGCAUAGAAGACGCGAUGGUUGGUGGCACCGUUGCGCAUGAGAGGGGGGGAGACCAAACUGCGGCUGGGCAACAGGCAGUUGUACGUGGUGACGACUUUGCUGUUUACUGCCGCAUUUCAGUUGAUUGAACACUCGUUGUGUUGUGGAUCGAAGGAUUUGCACCCGGUCACAAUGAGCCAAGUUGCCAAGUUGUUGUCUGUUGUCUUCUGAUUGAUGACGUGUUGAUGACGUGUUGCGGCUGCCGGGUAUGCUUAAGGCCCAGGAUCCCGGAGUAGUGAGCCAUUGGCUGCACAUGGGGGCGGGGAAGUCCAAGGUGAGCUGCUUGUUGGGUUGGGUGGCAGGGUGGGAUCAGUUAGGAGGCAGGCGGUGGGUUAGGUGGGCUGACACCUAAAACAAAAUAUAAAACAAUACGGGCCUGGUUGCUAGUUGUGGGCAGCUGUUGCAACGGACGAGUUAAACGAGUCAAACGAAUGCCGCAACGCUGUAAGCUGGCUGGGUCACAAAUUUUCAGCUGGCUGGGCAGACAAUGGCUGCCGUUUUUUCCUUCAUGAAGAAGCCAAACAAGCGGAGGAGUGCUGUGCCGUGAGGCAGGGCAACCUGGUGGUGACCCGUGCUGGCCUGCUGAGGGGCACUCAGUGAGUUGCUUUGUUCGAACUAACGUACGCAGUGUGUGUUGUAUUGAGGGGCACACCAGCCGGGUAUGCGUGUGUACGGCUCGGCGCAGGCAUGUACUGGCGCACUACCAUGUUGAACGGAGAACUGUACAAGUGGCUUGGUGCAGGCACAGGUUGACUUGCACACAUUAGGAUGGAUGCUGGAGAAGGCGUCAGGACUGGAAUAUCAAUAAACGUAGUAUCGUUGGUCCUAAAGAGCACUGACAUCCAUCAUGAGUCCCUUACCACCAGUAGUGAAUUGUGACUGUCACUUAACACGUCAUCCUGGGCAUCUUAACAUGAAUGCGUAA